GUCUUAUCUCAGUCAAAAUAGCUUGGAACCAAGCUCAACACAACCGAAACAGAAUUAUCAACAAGUAGGCGGCAAAACACGACGAACAGUUUGAGGUUCAUGACAGGAGCUGCUUCCCUAGUAGACAUGCGUGGCAGCGACACCGUAUGGAACUGAAGAACACGCACGCGUCGACGGCGUGCUUGCAAAUGCAUGUUGCGACUUCUCGCUUGGCGUCAGUGACCCUUCGGCUUGGGAAAUGCGAAUUCGUGGGAUUAACCACUGUAGAGAUAACUCAACUUAGCCUGACCUCGUUUCCUCGAUAACCAGAGUCGGACAAUGGAUUUGGGGCUGAAAAACGUUCAUGUCCUUGUAACAGGCGCAAGCGGAGGCAUUGGUCUUGAGACCGUCAAACUCUACCUGUCCCUUGGUGCAAACGUGACUGCACAUUACAACUCUAACUCCAAACCCAUCCAGAGUCUCCAAGUCAACUUCCCUGCACUCCAAUGCGUACGGGCAGACCUCUCCUCUGAGUCUGCCGUGAAGAGUAUGUUCGAUGCCCUCUCAGUGACGCUGUUCGGCCCUGUGGCAGUCAUCGUGGUCAACCAUGGCAUAUGGCCGCCCCAGGACGUACCUAUCGUCGAUAUGACCAUCGAACAAUGGGACCACACGAUUAGUGCAAACCUCACCUCAAGCUUCCUGGUCUGCCGUGAGUUCUUGCGCCACUUGCGUACAGUAACAGAAAGCGUGAAAGAUAGGGCUGCAAUUGUGCUCACCGGGAGCACAUCAGGCAAAUAUGGCGAAGCGAAUCACGGCGAUUAUGCUGUCAGCAAGAGUGCGAUGAUGUAUGGCUUGACGACGACACUCAAAAGUGAGAUCGUGAAGAUCGCACCCAGGGGCCGUGUGAAUUGUAUUGCACCUGGAUGGGUUCCGACGCCGAUGGUACAAGAGGCCCUGAAUGAUCCGGCCGUCAGCGGACCUGCAUUAGCCGCCACUCCGUUGAAAAAAUUUGGGACACCUCUGGACGUUGCAAACCAAAUAGUGGUAGUAUCAUCAUCGAUGGUCUCGGGACAUGUAACAGGGCAAGUGAUCUUUGUAGAAGGCGGUUGUGUAGGGGACAUUUGAACA